AUGGUGCGUGUACUUGCAGAUGAGGUCACUAUAUUACAAGUUUUACUUUUUACUUUGUUACAAGAUACCUUUUAUAAAAACUGUUUAGAUGGAAAUUUGUCACAUAAUGAUUUCUUAUCCACCACGGAUUUAAUUCAAGAACCAUUAAAAGAACAAGAGAGGCUGUUCUGCCACAAGAAAUUUUGUGUGCAGGAAGCAGGAAUACAUAAGACACCAUUGAACUUGGAGCUUGCAGGCUGGUACACACCUCUGGUAGAUGCCUUACAUCUAGACAGCUUAACAAAGACAUCAAGACUGAACAAAGCAAAUCUCUCGUGUGUAUCAAACAAAGUCCAUUUUUCAUGUGAAAGAUCAGACUAUGGAGAAGUAAAAGAUGAGUCUGCUUUGGACAUAACACUCAAAGGACACAAGUGCUCAGGCGUCUCAGUCGGUGUCCAGACAAUUGCAUAUCUUCUUGUUUCCUCCACAAUGGACGAUCUAUGUGUGAGGGAGAGCGUGGUUCAUCAGUUACCACCUGAGGGUUUACUGCAGGCCAGUGAGUAUCCCGCAGCACCCCCUGGCCACACUUCUUCCAUGAACAGUCCAGUACCCUCCAGUGAUUCAAGCUCUGGAUUUUUGACUAUCGCCUCUGAUCAUUUUGAUUCCAAAUUGCAAUGUGAAAAAGAGGAAACAGCACCAUCAGCUUCUAUAAUGAUAGAAAACCAAGGUAAAAAUUUAGCUAAUGAAGAUACUCCACUUCACAUCUUUAUGGAUGAAAAGAAAACCACAUUAAAUUUGGAAACCAAAGAACAAGCUGAAGCAGUUAUGGAAUGUAAAGAAGAAUAUGCUACUGGAGGAGAAACUGCUGCUUCUACUAUUCCGGUAACCAGUGUUAAAUCAGUCAGCUUUAGACAAAGUGACCACAGCAUUUCUACAAAUGAAAAAGAGGUAGAGGCUGAAUUUCUUAGAUUAUCUUUGGGAUUUAAGUGUGACUGGUUUACCUUGGAGAAAAGAGUCAAGCUUGAAGAGAGGUCUCGGGAUCUGGCUGAAGAGAAUCUAAAGAAAGAGAUCACUAACUGUUUAAAGUUAUUAAAGUCUUUAAUAACUCUCUGUGAAGAUGAUAACCAAGCCCAAGAAAUCAUUAAGAAGCUGGAGAAGAGUUUAAAGUUCCUUAACCAAUGUACAAUGAGAGUUGCUAGCAAGGCGGAGAUGCUGGGAGCCAUUAAUCAGGAAAGCCGAGUCAGUAAAGCAGUGGAAGUAAUGAUUCAGCAUGUUGAAAACUUGAAGCGAAUGUAUGCCAAAGAACAUGCGGAAUUAGAAGAGCUGAAACGAGCCCUCCUUCAGAAUGAAAGGCCUUUUAGCACCCUCGAAAAUGAAGAUGACACUCAAACUAAAAAGCGUUCAGCAUCUCUAAAUUCUAAGCCAUCUUCUCUUCGAAGAGUCAGCAUUGCAACCUUGCCCAGGAAUUUUGGAAAUACAGGACUGAUGUCAGGAAUUGAAAAAAACGACCGCUUCAGUAGGAGGUCAAGUAGUUGGCGUACUUUGGGAUCAAAGCAAAGUGAACACCGUCCAUCACUUCAGCACUUCAGUAGUACAUAUUCUUGGGCUGAUGAUGAAGGAGAGAAAUGUGAUUCAAAAGAUAAAGAAGAAUCAGAACCACCUGCAGAGGAAAUUUUAGAGGAAACAAGAAAGCUAAGCUUUUCUGAAAAGAAGAAAAAUCAAUCCAUAUGGGAUGUUUCUUCACUUUAUGACAUGGGAGCAACCUGGGCGUGUGAUCUCAAGACCUCCUUCCAAAGGACAAAUCUAACCCUCUGGAUUUCUGUCGUGUUUAUUGUACUGUUUGCAGCUUUUAUGAGCUUUCUUACAGGCCGAUUUUUCCAAAGGCCUGUAGAUGCUGCUCCUGUAGAAAACGGGGGCUCCUGGACUUCACUCCAACAAACUUUGUGGCCUUACACCAAACUCCAACACCACGGGCCCCCACCAGUAUAAAUGGCAACAACAAUCACAUGUUGAGUUUUAAAUGAACCUGAAAAUUGGUCAUUUUACUCUGGAAAGUUGCUUUCUUAUUUUAGCAUAAAAAACUGAAACAUAGAAAACCUCCAUCUUUUAAAAAUGUCACUGUCAUUCUUAUGUUCCUGAUAAUUUUCUAAAACUAAGUUAAUGAAUAUUGUUCUCUUCUCAAACUCCAUAGGAAGUCUGCGAUUUUUAGUGAACCUUACGAAGAAAGUUUGUACUGUUUUAUCCACUGUGAAAUGUUAAAGAAAUAAAGAAUCAUUACAGUUUUAAUACAACAGUUGUUGAAAUCCUCAA